GUUUUUAUCUACACGUUUACUACAUGUUUACAUAAAAUUAAUCUCGAACGCAGUUUUUUAAUAAAUAAAUAAAAAAUUUCGUUUGCUAGAUUGUUUUUCCUGCACAGUAAACAAGCAUUUCAUCUGGCUUACAGAUCGUGUACAAGAGUUCGACCCCCUGGUGGAGAGCAAAGCAAACACAAAAGUGAAAGCCCAGAAAAAAGAGCGAGCGAGAAAGAGGUAGUGAGAGAGAAAGAGAGAGAGAGAGAAAUAGAAACUGUGAAAGAGUCUGGGGCCAGAGAAAAAACGAUUUUUUCAGAGCAGAGAACAAGCACAACGCAGCAGCAGCAGCAGCGACGGCGCUAGUGUCACCAAUACUUAUACCAAUACACCACCGCCCUGCCGAAGACCGUCGUCAAGAUUCUCAGCCAGCUCCACGCACCGGCACCACCUUACAGCACCUACUAUAGCUCGUUAUUAGCUGCCACCACGCUCCACAAACAGCCACCGGCCAUCAUGUUCGUCAAUUCAAUGACGUUCCGUGGCAAUCCGGCUAACUACCAUCAGCAGCAGCCGCUCAACACUUUGGCGGCGGCGGCCCAUGCCCAUCAUCAGCAACAAUUGCACCAUCAUGCCGCCGCUGGACAUUUAGGACAUGUGGGUGGCGGACAUGCCGCAAGUAACCAUUUGGCCGCCGCUGCAGUGCUCGGCCGUCAUGGACAUGGUUCUCUGACAUCCAAUUCAUCCCAUUCAGCUGGCGGGGGUGGAGCAUUGGCCAGCGGAAGCAGUGGUGGGGGCAGUAGCAGCAGCUCCCCGGAUAGCGGCAAGAUUUAUAUUAAGAAUUUGGAGCGCUCGAUUGACAACAAGGCGGUGUAUGAUACCUUCUCCGUGUUUGGCAACAUACUCAACUGCAAUGUGGCCAAGGACGAGGAUGGUAACUCACGCGGCUAUGGAUUUGUGCACUUCGAUUCGGAAGAGGCGGCUCGGGCAGCCAUUGAGAAGGUCAAUGGGAUGCUGUGCAAUAACCAGAAGGUUCACGUGGUCAAGUUCAUACCGCGGCGGGACCGGGAACAGGAGAAGGCCACUCAUUUCAAGAACCUGUAUGUGAAGAAUUUAAGCGAAGAGUUUACCGAGCAGCAUUUGCGUGAGAUGUUUGAGCCCUAUGGGCGCAUCACCAGUCAUAAGCUAAUGCUGGAUGAAGAGGGACGUUCACGUAAAUUUGGUUUUGUGGCUUUCGAGAGUCCUCAAUCGGCGCUGGCCGCGGUCAUUGGAUUGCAUGGCAAACAGCUGGGCGACAACAAGUUCUUAUAUGUGGCUCGAGCACUGAGCAAGGCCGAACGGCAGCAGGAGAUCAAUCGUAAGCUGGAAGAGCGCAAGCGCCAAAAGGCCGGGCAAAUAUUCUACUAUUAGAGUCAUACGCAGCAGAGCCGGUGGGCAAAAAUGAUGGCAGCAGCAGCGAUUAAAAAAAAAAGAAAAGAAAGGAGUUUAUUUCAAAAAACCCCACAUGCAUACAUACACAAUAUUUACACACCUAUAUACCUAUUCUAGAUAUUUAAAACAAAGAAAAAAAAUUAUGUAUUGUGCAACUAUCAGAAAAGAUGACAUUUAGACAUAGGCAAAAGAAAACAAAAGAAAAAAAACAGUUGAAGUUUAUAUAGAAACACUAACAAACAAACACACACACAUAAAAACAUAAAUACUGAAUUCUAGACAGUAGUACACAAAAGUCUCUCUCUCUUUACAUUCAUUAGCGGAUUUUCUUUUUCGGAUUAGAUGUUUGUCUUUACUGUUAAAUUGUAGAGAGAGAAGAUGCUGCAGCUCUUUUAGCUUAAAGACUUUUCCUCAAAAAUACAAAAUAAAAAAUCAGUAGAAAGUGAGA